UCCCACCCCACACCGUUCGUCCUCCUCGAUCCUACCACCCCCACCACACCCCCGCCCGCCCUCUGUUUUCCUCUCUCGCCGCCAUGGCAGCCGAGCAGAGGCUUCUCGCUCUCCUCCUGGUCACGGCUGUCCUCGCGCUCUCCUUCUCGCAAGGGAUGGUGGAGGCGCGGAAGGUGCGGGUGAUGCGAGCGGUGCGGCACGACGGGCGGCGCGCGCCGGGCCUCCGCGGGAGGCUGCUGCCGGAGGAGAUGGUGUACACGCUGAUGGACUACGGGCCCCCCACGGCCAACACCAACACCCGCGGCGGCAUGAACCCGUCGCCGGACCCUCCCUCGCCGCCGACGCACUGAUCGACAGGCCGGCGACGGAGUAUGGUCUCUGAUUUCGGGGAUUGGAGGAGUACACGGGUGGAAGGGGAGGGGAUCAGAGAUUCAGAGUAAGCUGUUCUUCUUCCCUUUGCGCCCGUAGAGCGCAAGUACGUUACGUACGUGUACUGUAUACGCGUACGUAUCCGUGCGUGCUGUAGCUAAGUAUACAGUGCUGUGCUUGGUUGAUUGGAAUUCGAGUUGUUAGUGGGUCUAGAGUGAUGUGUAUUUGGUAAGAUGUCAACACAAAUCGUUUCAUUUUCAUUCUGAAUUCUGAUCACUGACCACCUUGUUUGUUUGUUAGCUUGGAGAGUUUGGGCGUACGUGUGGUGACUUGUUGAAAUUUGUCUGACCUAUCUAUAGCCCCUCUGUAGUCUGUACAACCGCUCGAUGAAUGCUCGUGGAAUAAAACUCGUCGGAUAUAAUGCGCCA